AUAUUAACACAUACAUGUGAAUAUCACUGGCUAAUUUGUACGGUUAGACUGAUUGGACAGAAUGCAACAGUAAUAUAUUGAAUGCCGUCAUAUUCCACUAUUAAACUAUCGCAUUUACAAGCAUAUAAGUACUUCAGGUACUAUGCAAUUCAUUCCACUUUGAGCAAGUGAAGAGAGCGACAGCAAGGAAGUGAGAGCAGGAAUAAUUAAAAAAAGUAAGUAACUGUACAAUGGCAAUGAGAAAGGUCUAAUAAACCAGCACAUAUAAGAAGAACAGACGACAAUCCGCAAUGAAAUUUAAUUUUACAACACCUUUAUUACAUGGGCUCAACAAGAUGAUAAUGAGAAUUGACGUUUACUUAGUGACUAUAGCUAUUUUAUUUAGUUCAAAUGCUGAUGCGAACGCAUACACUGAUGCCCUCCAACUAGGAAAUGAAAUCAUCCGACAAAAUUCGAAUCUACUAGAACAAGAUUAUUUAGACAGUGUACAAAAUGGCUUUCUCGACGCAUCGACAAAUCAACAAAUGGAUACAAAUAAUUUAGAUAAAGGAAGAUAUGAACAGUCGUUAAAUCAUGAACAAUCUAUCCUGGCUCCAUAUUUUCAGCAAAAAGGGCGGAAUUUGGAAGCGGGGCCCUUGAAUCUGAGAUUAGAAAGUUUGAGAAAGCGAAGCAAUGAAGAAAACAUAGAUGGCGUUAUAAUCGGUCCCGAAGCUGGCUUUUUAGACCAAAUCACGCCAUCUAAACGAGAUGCGCUUUCUCGUUCUCGCCUCUCAAUCCUUGGAUCGUUGGAUAUCCUAUCGGACAUGCUAGCAGCUCAGCAACGCCGCAAGGUGGACGCUUUCCGAAGUAGACUGCUAAAAAUUGGUUAGCGAUCGAUUACAAUCUGAGGAUUUAAUCCAAGCUCUCGUACCUGCUAGGUCUCUCCUUACCUUCUGUUAUCUACUUCAGGUUUAUACGAGAAAAAUUGAUAAAGGAAGAGGAGAAAUGAUUGGACAAAGUGGGUUUUAUUAGCCGGGUGAAAUAAAGGAAGUCUUGUUCUUGUUUGUUCUUGGGUCUUAAUGUAAUUGCAGCCCUUUGACUGGUUUGUCCCCGCGGAUGAAUUCUUAAUGUGACGCUAUUAGGCAACUACACCGUUGCAAUGCAAUUACUCUAGACACAAAUUAACAAUUGAUGGCUUUCUUUUAUUAGGAACAGUGUUUCAUACCGCAAAUCAAAGAUCACAUGCAAACUUAAGAUCUGUGCCAGCUUUCACACCACCAAAGCAACUUUUUCACUGGGGAUCAAUUGGAAACGAAGACAGUCGAUGUCUUCGUUUCAGCAUAGUUAGACUUCAGGUUCAUAAUCAUUUUUGUUCUCGCGAUUUGAUCAACUUUAUCCUUCAAAUUUCAACUAAAUGUUUGGCCUGUGUGUAGUGCGUAGGUUCCAGUUCAAAAAUAAGGUUUGCUGAGAAAUAUGUAAAUAUUUGGAUA